AUGCGUCCCUCUCUCAUCUUUGCGGCCUUGCUGGCCGGUGCGUCCCAGGCCGCACCUCACUCUUCCAAUAGCAAUAGCAACAGCAUUGAUCUCAAUAAGCUUGCUCAGCGCCGGGGAAAGCAUUGGUUUGGUACAGCGGCCGAUAUUCCUGGAACUGCUGAGACCACCGACGCCGCGUACCUCAAAGUCCUGAAGAACAACUUUGGUGAAAUUACGCCGGCAAACGCAAUGAAGUUCAUGUACACCGAGCCAGAGCAAAACGUGUUCAACUUCACUGAAGCCGAGCAAUUCCUGGAGGUGGCCGAGCGCUUCGGUACACAGGUUCGAUGCCACAACCUCGUCUGGGCUAGCCAGGUGUCCGACUUCGUCACAUCCCAGAACUGGACGGCUGAAGCUCUCACUGCUGUGAUGAAGAACCACAUCUUCAAGACUGUUCAGCACUUUGGUCGACGCUGCUACUCGUGGGAUGUAGUCAACGAGGCUCUCAACUCCGAUGGCUCAUUCUCUUCAAGUGUCUGGUACGACACUAUCGGCGAGGACUACUUCUACCUUGCAUUCAAAUACGCACAGGAGGCAUUGGCUGAGAUUGGGGCCAACGAUGUGAAACUUUACUACAAUGACUAUGGCAUUGAAAACCCGGGUACCAAGUCAACUGCCGUUCUUAACCUCGUCAGUGGACUCCGCCAGCGCGGUAUUCGAAUUGACGGUAUUGGCCUGGAAUCCCACUUUAUCGUGGGCGAGACCCCUUCUCUUGCCGAUCAAGUCUCUACGAAGCAGUCCUACAUCAAGGCUAAUCUCGACGUGGCUAUCACCGAGCUUGAUAUUCGUUUCUCGACUGUGCCGUACUACACGGCUGCUGCUCAGAAGCAGCAGGCUCAAGACUACUAUUCGAGCGUUACUAGCUGCUUAAAUGUUGGUCCUCGCUGCAUCGGUGUGGUUGUAUGGGACUUUGACGAUGCUUAUUCCUGGGUUCCGAGUACUUUUGCUGGCCAAGGUGGUGCCUGUUUGUUCAACGAUACUCUCCAGGCAAAGCCGGCGUACUACGCUGUCGCCGAGGCCCUCGAGGGGAAAGCUUGCAGUGUAUGCUAG